CUCUCUCUCUGCGUUCCGAAGUUAGAAAACUUUAGAGCCAAAACAUUCUCUCUCUCCUCUCUCUCUCUCUCUGUGUGUGUCCACCGUACAAAGAGAGAACCCUCUCUGAGUCUCUUUUCUGCGCUAAAUCGUAGAUUAUUUUUGUUCGUCUGUAUAUUCUUUGUGCUUUCACACUUGCAGGGCGCCCCGGCCUCAGAAAUGGGCUGCGCUCCCUCUGUUCCAGCCAGGACUCCACCGCAGCUGGGCAGGGCUAAUUCCGAGGGCUCUGGAGUGCUCGAUGCCAAGAAUUUACGGGCGAAGCUGGUGCUACUAGGGGAUUCUGGUGUAGGGAAAAGCUGCAUUGUUCUUCGCUUUGUUCGUGGUCAGUUCGACCCAAUAUCAAAGGUAACCGUUGGAGCUUCAUUUUUGACACAAACAAUUGCCUUACAAGAUUCUACAACAGUUAAAUUUGAAAUAUGGGAUACUGCUGGCCAAGAGAGAUAUGCAGCAUUAGCCCCACUUUAUUAUCGAGGUGCUGCAGUUGCAAUUGUUGUGUAUGAUAUAACCAAUCCUGAAUCAUUUGACAAAGCACAGUAUUGGGUCAAGGAACUACAAAAACAUGGGGGCCCUGAUAUAGUCAUGGCUUUGGUGGGUAACAAAGCUGAUCUUCAAGAGAAACGAGAAGUACCAGUUCAGGAUGGCAUUGACUAUGCUGAGAAGAAUGGGAUGUUUUUCAUUGAGACAUCUGCAAAGACAGCAGAUAAUAUAAACGAGCUGUUUGAGGAAAUUGCUAAGCGGCUGCCCCGCCCAUCUCCUUCAUGAGAAUGGUAUAUUUACCUGCUUCUGCUUGUAAUGUUCAUGCGACAUAUAUAAUCCACCCUUAUUCUCUGAAUGAAUUGUAAAGAUCAUGAAGUGUGCAUUAGCCAUGUGGAGUGUAUUUGCCCAUGAUACACAUUAUAUUGCUAGUACCCUCCAUCUAGUUUCAAUAAAUAUUAGGGCUUGUGUCUCCCUGUUGAAAUGUUGAUGCAUGAUCAUGAUGUGCUUCUGUAACUUAACUUCCAUGCUGGAACUUAGAAGGAUAGAAAUUCGACAGAACAAUAGAAUGUCAUGUGUUCAAUACUUAGAUUUGUAUGAAGGGAUUCAUUGUAGCAUCAUCAGUCCCUUUCUGAGCUUUAUCUUGACUUGAAUUUGCAAUAUUACAUAAAUCAUAUAUAUUAUUCUUAUUAUAGUGUA